UUUUCAGGCCAUCCGAAAACCAAAGCCUUCGUCACCCCUACCGGCUCUAACGGUAUGUUCGAGGCCCUGUACCACGGGGUCUCUACACCGCUGGUCGCUGAACAGCACGGCAACGCCGCUCGGGUGGUCUCCAGAGGGCUGGGAGUGAGGCUAGACUUCAACACGUUCACAACAAAAACGUUGUACCAGGCUAUUAUGCAGGUUCUCACUGACAAAAGCUACCGUGAGACGGCCGCCCGCCUGUCCUGUCUGCACCGUGACCAGCCCCAGUCACCCAUGGAGCGGGCCGUCUGGUGGAUAGAACACGUCAUCCAACAUGGCGGCCUGCCCCAUCUUCGCGCACGCGCCGUGGAGCUGCCGUGGUACCAGUACUACCUGCUGGACGUGGCUGCCUUCCUGCUGUCCGUCUCUUCAGCUGUUCUUGUGCUCAUCUGGUGCAGCUGCUCUCUUGUCUAUAGAAAGAUUUUCCGUAAAAGUAGCGGCAAGCUGAAGUCUCAGUAGUAUAUAGCGAAUCCUAGAAAUUGCAGCUGCCGCUUAAUUAGCACUACUUGCUGUAUGUAAUAUUUGGUUUGCAUGAAAUGAAUAAAAUGAAUGAAUAAACUUGA